AUGGCAUCGAAGGCGGUGAACGAAUAUUUUGGCUCAUCAAGACCAUCUAAGAUACCCGUACUGGCCGAAGGACUACCGUUGGACGGAGAAGAAUAUAAUACUCCCAGUGAAGAUUCCGGGGUGUGCUUAGGGGAUGGACGAACGAACGAGAGGGCAAAUUGGAUAGCGGCAACAUCUCCUUCUAUAUACAGAAAGCAAACAUCAGAUUUAGCUUUAUCAAAUGGAGAAAAUACAAAUUUAAUCGUAAGGUUGGUACCCAUUGAUAACGGUCAUAAUUUAUCUUGUAAUUCUCUUCUUAAAUCUUCUGUUGCUUUAACUAUAUUUCUCGAUGUUAAAAAUGCUGCAGCAGUUCUUUUAUCUUCUUUAUUUUGA